ACCUAUUCAAUAUGUAUGUUUCAAGGGUAACUUACAUGGUGGAGCAAUGAAGCUGUACUUCGUGUGUGGACUGCUUCUGUUUGGCGUCUGUGAUGUUGCUGCAAGAACCAUCAUGGAUGCACUGAGUUCUAGAUACGACAUCAUGUCGUUCACAAGUCUUGUGCGAAGAGCCGGUCUUCAGAGUCUCCUUAGCUCGGGAAAAUACACCGUCUUCGCCCCGACAGACACGGCACUGCAAACUCUACCUCCAGAUGUGAUUUCGCAGCUGUACCAACAGCAGAACCUGCCCCAGUUGAAGGCCAUGGUCAGGUAUUACAUCGCACCGUACACUGGGAACACACAGAGACAGUGGAAAGGGGAGAAAGUCAACACUCUGGCGUCAAAACCUGUUCGCCUGGUCACCUACCCACACAACCAUGUGACUGUUGUCAACGGCGUGGUCAUGCAGGAAUCCAACCUGAGUGUCUCCAAUGGACAUAUUUAUCUGCUGAGCUCUCCCUUGACACCGCCGAGUAGUGAUAUUGUCCAAAGUCUACAACAGGACUCCAAGUACUCCAAAUUUCUCACUGCUAUCGCCUUGUCGGGAAUGACGAACACACUUAAAGGAGACAACAUCACAGUCCUUGCUCCCACUGAUGAUGCAUUUGAUAAAAUGGCUAAAAAUAGGACGGAUGCUAUAUUUAACAACGUACCACUAAUGAAAGCACUGGUGGAAUUCCACCUCCUGCCUGGCACCAUCUACACUUAUGGAUGGUAUGACAAAGAGAACAUCCACGACGACAACACCAAAUACGACAACACCCUCACUGUCCACGAAUGGGGUCACCAUCAGUUCUGGAUUACACCGUUUGAAGGAGGUGUGGUGAACCAGGAUUGGCUUGCAACUAAUGGCGUCAUUCAUGCCAUCAAUGGACUGAAGUAUACAUGGCCGUUCUAUGGAGCUAUUUCGAAGAUUAUCGGCUAAAUCCAAGGCUGAGAUAACACAUUCUAAAUAAAUAUACAUUGAUCUGGA